AGUCGUUAGAGUAAAUAUUAUAUUCUUUGCCUAUUACACGAACGGCGAACGAACUCCAAUAUACAAAAGGUAUUGAACUCUAGAGGUGAUUCAAAUUAAUGUUCGUUAGUGAUAAUAUUAUAUUCUUUGUUAGUGAUAUUUAGCUGUGGUUUGCACGCUCGUCGCUCAGUGAAUUAGUAAAAUUAAUAGUUCUAUCAACAUGUCUUCACGUAAAACAGCUGGUCGUCGUGGUACAAACAAGAAGCGCGCCCAAAGAGCCACUUCUAAUGUAUUUGCUAUGUUUGAUCAGGCCCAAAUUGCAGAGUUCAAAGAGGCAUUUAAUAUGAUAGACCAGAAUCGUGAUGGAUUUGUUGACAAAGAUGACCUCCAUGAUAUGCUUGCAUCUCUAGGAAAGAACCCAACUGAAGAUUAUUUGGAAGGAAUGAUGAAUGAAGCCCCAGGCCCAAUCAAUUUCACAAUGUUCCUCACACUUUUUGGUGAACGACUCCAGGGAACUGAUCCCGAGGAUGUUAUCAAAAAUGCAUUCGGAUGUUUCGAUGAAGAAAAUACUGGUAUGAUCCAAGAGGACCGCUUGCGUGAGUUACUCACCACAAUGGGCGAUCGGUUCACAGAUGAUGAUGUUGAUGAAAUGCUGCGCGAAGCUCCGAUCCGUGAUGGAUUAUUUGACUAUGUAGAGUUUACACGUAUUCUGAAGCACGGCGCUAAGGAUAAGGAUGAACAGUAAUCGAGAUAUGGAUUAUUGACAGACGGGGUUUAUUGUGGUUCAAAUAUGCAUACAAACACCCCGCCUUUCUAUGUAUUUUAAAACAUAUUCAAACAUUUAAUAUGAUAAGUAUAAGUUAUUAUUAUGGACUGUAUAAGUAUUCUAUACCUGCUUGUAUUAAAUAUCCAUUAAUAUUGUAUAUGGUAGUCUCAUAAAGAUUAAAGCAUUUUAUUAAUAUGCAUUUCUUGAAACAAUCUAUUAUUUUUAUUUGCAUUUGUGUUAAACAAACACAUAUUUUUCAAAAAUAAUUUCUAUUAUUUUGAAAAGGAAAUGAAAAUGUUUUUUAAAAUUACAAUCAGACCAUUCCGUUGUGUUCUAUUUUGUGUGUAGUUAUGGUUUAAAAAUGAAUUAAUGGCGUCACAUUCUUAUUACCUUACUUUUAGGUCUAAAAACUAAUAUAGUUAAAUAAUUAAAAUAGAGGAUAUAACCUGCCGUAAAUUCAAAUAUUUUUCGUAACACCUAAAAGUUUUUUUUAUAAUCGCUUGUUUGAUAAUGUGUUUUGACUUCAUUGCGAAUGCUCAUAUAAAAAAUGAAGAAUAAUCAAUUCCAAAUUCCAAAAUUUUGAAAUUAUAAUGUGUCCACGGUUGAAUUUUGAGUGAGUGCUUAAUAUAUGCAAUGAAACAACAUGUAGGUAUAAAUUAUUAUGAAUUGUUUAGUUGUAUCUUCUUAACAAUUGUUGUAUUCUUAUAAUGAUAUCAUGUAAAAGAUCUAAUAUUAUAUUGUAACAAAAAACUAUUAAACAUUUUAUAUUAUUCAAA